UAGUAAUAGGGGCCACCUCUCGUCAAACUCAUUUUUGACAGGUGCCACGCCCCCUUGAAGCAGGAAGUCCUGCCCCUUGAAGCAGGAAGUGCCACCUCCUAAAAGAGGAACUCCCUCCUCCUAAAAACAGGAAAUGCAAUCCCGGGAGACCCUUCCCCCUGAGGUGAAGCCCUCCCACAGCCCACAGCCCACCCCCCCCCCCACCCCUACCAUAAGCCGCCCAUGUGAUGGGUAUGUCUAUGGUGCAUGUUCCCUACUCCUACUGCAGGAGCUUACCACGUGGUGGGGCAAGCACAGACAUGUUUCAAUGAGGCAUUCAUGGUGAUGCGUAUGGGCUGAAAGGCCCCUUGCCUAGACUGACCCCUCUGCUUGAGGAAAUGGGGCAGCCAGGACCGUGUGCUAGGUCUUAGUGGUGAGCUCUGUGCUCUGUGUCCAACAGCCAAUGGAUUUAGGCCCAUAAGGUCAUCAUGUGAUACUGGGAGGGCCCAUUAGGGCGGAGCUUUUAGGAAUAAAUACUCCAUGUGAGUUUUAGUGCAUCCCUUGACUGCUUUCAGAGGAAUGGAAAAUAUGGAAUUAUCAGAUGCCAGUGUUUCUUCCUCAGAGCUACCUGAUUCAACAGUUGAUGAAUCCCAAAGCAGGAAACGCUUCAUAAGUUCAAGUUCUGAUGAGGAUGAUGACUGUGAUUUAGCUAAAAGAAAAUGUGAGGAAGACCGGGUGGUUUCCGAAUCAGCUAACAGGCUUUUGGAAACACUUUCAUCAGAACCAGCAAUACCAUCCUCUGAGCAGGGGGUUACAGAAAAUUCAUCAGGGGCAGCUAAAGAAGAAGAAGUGAAGUCACCAUCUAUCGCUGCUAUUUGGAAGCUAUGCUGCGUAGCAUCAAGCCAGCUACAAGAGACCCCUGAAAUGAGUGCUAUUCAACGCCCAGGCCAUGUGAUUAUGUCAAGCAUUCUUGGAUUGGAUGUCAAGACUGAAACAGGGAAUGUAGAGCAGAAGACGGUCAUGUUGGAGACCGCCAAAGCAACCGUUUACGGGAUAUUAGAUCACUGUUUAAACGAAAUAUUAUUUGAGGCGUGUCCGGGUUGUCAGAUUUUUGCAGGGAAUCAGAUGAGUCAUGAAUGUGUGUUAUGGAACAACAAAUUCCUAAGCAAAAAAUUGAAGGAUAUUUGUGGAAAUUUAUGCUUCAUAAAUACCCUUCAUAUUUUACUUUUGAUAGGUUACUGUCAAAACUCUCUGUAUAUGACCUCUGAAAUAUUGGACUACAUUAUGAAUUUGGUAACAUAUAUUGGCCAAACUGAUAAGGCUAUUAAAGUUCUAAAUGCUGGAUUGAAGAGUUGCAACCAGGAGAUUCUGCAGCAAGUCAAAACUAUGCUAAAAAACCGUCCAUACAAACAUUAUGUCAAAUUUUGGCCUAUUAUAACUAAUUUUAAGAAAGAGUAAAACUUGCAGCUAUUGAUGACUGUUUUUAAAAAUUCAAAAAAGUGUGUUACAUUGAAAUAAAAUAUAUGGUACUUUCAAUAAUGGGAUAAAAUAAAAUGGAUUUAAAAACAA